AGUUUGUGAGACAAGGAGAGCACAAAUACUGACUACUACUGUACGACUAGUCGUCGCGCACACGACUUGCAAUUUGCAGUGGUGAAGCGACUUUGCUCAUUAGCGAUUUUUGACGUCCUUGGAGGGAAACCCUAACACCCAAAUUCUGAAUUUCAUGAUUUAUCCUUUGUAUCGCACCCAAAUUUGCUGCUGUCCCUCUUUCUUCAACCCAGUCCCAGUGGGUCUUUGAUCAUCAAACCGGCCGGCCCCUAAGCGCUAGCGGCCAUUGCCGAUCCUCUUGUAUUCACACAGUAUUGGAUUGAAAAUUGACUUGAACUGCUAAAAAUGUUGCCGGUUGAUCCCACCAACAAAUUAUCUUUUAAUCGUCGGAUAAUGGAGGGAGAUUUGGUUGUAGUAUACGAGAGAUAUGAUAGUAUGAAGCCCGUAAAAGUUACUGAAAAUGGGGUUCUGCAAAACCGCUUUGGUGUAUUUAAGCAUUCCGAUUGGAUUGGAAAAGCGUUUGGCUCGAAAGUGUUCAGCAAUAAGGGUGGAUUUGUUUACUUGCUAGCUCCAACUCCUGAGUUGUGGACUCUGGUUUUAAGCCACAGGACGCAGAUUUUAUAUAUCGCGGAUAUUAGCUUUGUUGUUAUGUACUUGGAGAUAGUUCCCGGUUGUGUGGUGCUCGAGUCCGGGACUGGAAGUGGAUCCUUGACUACAUCUCUUGCACGUGCAGUUGCUCCAAACGGGCAUGUAUUUACAUUUGAUUUCCAUGAACAGAGGGCUGCAUCAGCUAGGGAGGAUUUUGAAAGGACAGGAUUGAGUAGUUUGGUGACAGUCGGAGUGAGAGACAUACAGGGUGAGGGGUUCCCAGAUGAAUUUUUAGGGCAAGCUGAUUCUGUUUUCCUUGACCUGCCACAACCCUGGUUGGCUAUUCCUUCUGCUUCAAAAGUUCUGCAACAAGAUGGUGUCUUGUGCUCAUUCUCACCAUGUAUUGAGCAAGUACAGAGAUCUUGCGAAACACUAAAAUCCCAUUUUACUGAUAUAAGAACUUUCGAAGUCCUCCUCCACGCAUAUGAAGUUCGAGAAGGGAACUUAGAGAGCUGGCAAGAUAGUGAUGGGGGCUUGCAUAAGAGUAACAAGAAGAGGCAGCGUUCUGGAAAUGGGCUGGAAAGUUCUAAGCCAAAGACUAUAAUGGCAAGACGCAAUGGUGAGACCAGAGGCCAUACCGGUUAUUUAACAUUUGCCAGACUCAAGUGUACUAUGUAAACUUUUUCUAGUUAGUUGGCUGAGGUUUUAAGUUUUAACAGGUCAAUGGUUCUGUUUCAA